CAUCCGUUUUCAGUUCGAGUGAAGCUGAGUUCGCGAAAGGAUAUGCAUGCGUGAGAUGCGGCCCCUGCUGCUUGCUGUGCUGCUGCCGCUGGUGCUGUGGCCCCAGGAGGCCGACGCCAGCGGACUGUUCGAGCUGCGCUUGUCCACUUUCGAGAACCCCAUCGGACAGGACACCAAGGGACAGUGCUGUGACGGCCAGAAUGUUGUAGACAGUCGCUGCGAGAGCCGGUGUCUCACCAGCAUCCGUGUGUGCCUCAAGCACUACCAGGCCCAAGUGGACCCAAAUUCGGCCUGCACCUUUGGCAGCGUCAAAUCGCCAAUUCUCGGAGACAGACUCAUCAACGAAAGCUAUAACUUCUAUAUCCCCUUCAAUUUCACAUGGCCGCGCACCUUCUCGCUGAUAGUCGAGGCCUGGCACGACUCCAACGAAACACGGGGCAAACGACGGCUGCUCUUAAGGCACACCCUUCAGCAGAACGUGGACGUCGGCACGGAGUUCAAGCCGGCCAGGUUAUUCAAGGACCAAAUGUCGCUGCAGUACGAAUACCGCGUGACCUGCGACGCCAGCUACUACGGUGAAGGGUGCGAGGUGCUGUGCAAGUCGCGCGAUGACACCUUUGGCCACUACACCUGCAACCGGCAGGGCAAACGCGAGUGCAAUCCCGGCUACACGGGCGACUACUGCGAUAAAUCCUUGUGCAUGAAGGGCUGCGUCAACGGCUUCUGCAGCAGGCCCGGCGUCUGCGAUUGCAAGCCAGGGUGGAUAGGCGAUAGGUGCGACCAGUGCCAGAUUUACCCUUCGUGCCGCCACGGCUCCUGCAACCAGCCGUGGGAGUGCAUCUGCGACCAAGGCUGGGGUGGCCUCAUGUGCGAUGAGGACCUCAACUACUGCACCCACCACCGGCCGUGCAAGAACAACGGCACCUGCUUCAACACCGGCUCGGGUCUCUACACCUGCAACUGCACCGAAGGCUUCACGGGCGUAGAUUGUGGAAAGCCGGUCGGCACGACGUGCGAUGCAUCGAGCUGCAAGAACGGUGGACAUUGCCAUGAGCUGGGCCACUGCGUAUGUCCUCAAGGCUUUAUUGGUGCACAUUGCGAGCUGGAGAGCGGCUGCUCCAAGAACCCCUGCAUGAACGGAGCCACCUGUGAAUCGCGCCUUCCGCCCCCCGGGGCUCAAGACUUCGUUUGCAAAUGCGCCGUAGGCUACUAUGGGCAGCUGUGCGAAAACCGUGCGAAAGACUGUGACACUCGCCCAUGCGAAAACGGUGGGCAGUGCGUGAACAAAAACGGCUACCGCAUGUGCGAAUGUAUCCUUCCAUACUACGGCCAGUUCUGCGAGAGUCUCACGCAGCCGUGCACCGCAAAUCCUUGCCACCAAGGAGCCACGUGCAAAAGCCAGAUGGAUGGCAAAUUUAUCUGUAUGUGUCCGCCCGAGCGCUUCGGCCCGACCUGCGAACAUGUGCGUGAUGUGAGCAAAGACGUGAAUAAAGGAUAUCUCGUAGUUGGUGACGAGGAUCUAGAAUACUUGGACAGGCAGAAAUUGAUGGUGGUUCUGGUGCUGUCGUCCGCCUUUGUUUUGCUCAUCCUGAGCGGCACCGCGAUCAUCAUAUGUUUAAAGAAGAGGAGAGAUAUGGAGCAGAAAAAAGCGGACACCAUGGCCCGCAUGCAGAACGAAGCCAACCUUCGGGCCAGCGGUCAACGGCCAGAAAUGAUUCACAACAGGCUACGCGGCGAGAACGAUUACGCGACAGUCAGCUACGACUAUGCCAAGCUCAACACCAACCGCACUUUCAGAGACGCAGACAACAGACUGUCCAAAGCCAGUCUGGAAUCGCAGCAGUGCUGCCAACCUUCAAUGUGUGACCCUGGAGGUUUCAAGAAAAGUGAGUGCACGCCAGGACCGUCGUCGGCCUGUUGUAAAGACACGUCGUGCAUCUACGGAAAGUGUGCGACGAUUUAUUCAAUCCCAGACUCAAGUUGCGGCGACGCAGUGUUAUCUGCACCCCUCGAUUUUGUCGCAACAGAGGUGUGAUGAACUGUUAAUUAUUGUUGUUGCGAUAAUUACCUGAUCUCAAUUAGUCAAUUAAUUUAAUAAUUAAUAAGGAAAAGCCCUGUACACUACUUUGUAAAUAUAUAUUUGUAAGUCAUACUGAUGAAAAUAUUUUUGCAUUUAAAUUACAUAAAUGAAAGUCAAAAUCCUGAUAAA